CCCGCCAAUCACAAGGCCUCUGCCUACGGAGGCGCGAUUUCCACUCUCCGGCCCGGCUCAGCCAAUCCCGCCCCCCUCAGUUUGAAUCCGCCACAGGUUGAGCCCAGAACGCCCAGCCCUUUCGAUUGAGUCUGGGAGUCCUGGGCAGUGGGGGCCGUCCGACAGGCUCCGCCCUUAACGGGGCGCGUCCUAGCUUGUGAUUGGCUGUCGCCGUGUCCAGGGGCGUGUCCAGGGGCGUGUCCAGUGCGGCGGCGCGCGGCGGGGCGGGGCGGGGCUCCCGGAAGCAGGGGCCCCUUCUAGCCAGCUUGCCGGUAACUCGCAGCCCGUGCUUGCCGUGGGAGGAUACCGGCGAGUCUUCCGUGUUGUCCCGGCCGGCCGGCUCGCCACCUUCGCCCCCGCCUCGCGCCCGGCGCCCCUGCCUCGCGCCCGAUGGUGAGCAGUGUAUUGUGCCGCUGCGUGGCUUCCCCGCCGCCGGACGCCGCCGCCGCCGCCUCCUCGUCGACUGCCUCUUCGCCUGCGUCCGUGGGGGACCCGUGCGGCGGCGCGGUCUGCGGGGGUCCGGACCACCAGCUGCGCUUGUGGAGCCUCUUCCAGACGCUCGACGUCAACCGCGACGGCGGCCUGUGUGUCAACGACCUGGCCGUGGGGCUGCGGCGCCUGGGACUGCAUCGCACCGAGGGCGAGCUCCGGAAAAUAGUGCAAGCUGGCGAUAAGGACCUGGAUGGGCAGCUGGACUUUGAAGAGUUUGUCCAUUAUCUCCAGGAUCAUGAAAAGAAGCUGAGGCUGGUCUUCAAGAGCUUAGACAAAAAGAAUGAUGGUCGGAUUGAUGCCCAGGAGAUCAUGCAGUCCCUGCGGGACCUGGGAGUCAAGAUCUCGGAGCAGCAGGCAGAAAAGAUUCUCAAGAGAAUACGAACGGGCCACUUCUGGGGCCCUGUCACCUACAUGGAUAAGAACGGCACAAUGACCAUCGACUGGAAUGAGUGGAGAGACUACCACCUUCUGCACCCUGUGGAAAACAUCCCCGAGAUUAUCCUGUACUGGAAGCAUUCCACGAUCUUUGAUGUGGGUGAGAAUCUGACGGUCCCUGAUGAGUUCACAGUGGAGGAGAGGCAGACAGGGAUGUGGUGGAGGCACCUGGUGGCUGGAGGCGGGGCAGGAGCCGUAUCCAGAACCUGCACCGCCCCCCUGGACAGACUCAAGGUGCUCAUGCAGGUAUGUAGGAAGGUGGUCCUUCUGUGGGUCGCUAUCAUCUGGAAACCAUUCAUUCUAAUUCAGGCCACAGUGUACACGGUGAAGCCAGCCAGAACUGGCUACCCACUGGCCCUGGUCAGGACCCGCAUGCAAGCCCAAGCCUCUAUCGAAGGUGCUCCAGAGGUGACCAUGAGCAGCCUCUUCAGGCAGAUCCUGCGGACUGAGGGGGCCUUUGGCCUGUACCGGGGGCUGGCCCCCAACUUCAUGAAGGUGAUCCCAGCUGUGAGCAUCAGCUACGUGGUGUAUGAGAACCUCAAGAUCACCCUGGGUGUGCAGUCACGGUGACCAGUGAGAGGACGGCGCCCCUCCAGUUGGCCCGAGGACUCGCUGAUCCUGGGCCUGCCGCCCCGGGAUGUGGAGCCAUCUCAUUCUGUGAAUGUGCCAACACUAAGCUGACUUAAGCCAAGCUGUGAAAACCCGAGGGAGGGGGGCAGACCCACUGGGGUUGUCCUGCUGCCCUCACCACCCUUGUGUCCAUUCCAGGAAGACCCGUGGGUAUUCCUCGGGGCCCAGGGGCCAGCAGGACACUGGCUUGCUCACAUAGGACCAGGACAUUUCCUGCAGUGCUGCCACGUAGUGGGGCUUGGAGGAGGCCAGCUUAGUCCUUUCAUCCUUUUUGCAGCCAGCCCAUUGGCCGUGGCCCCCACCUCCUGGCUGCUCAGCGUGUCCUCGCUGCCCCCUUGGCCGUGCCCACUCUGCUCCUUCCUUGCUGCCAUUUUAAGAUGCUGGGAGGAGAGCUACCAGUCCCUCACCCCUUGCCUCUCUGUGCUUUGCUCCCCUCGAGCUGUGGGGAGAGCUGUGGCAGGAGGAAAGCUGGGGAGGGGGUGCAAGGGGACCUGACUUCUCUGCCCACCCUCAGGUGAGCUCACCUACAGGCAUGCAUGCAGGGGCCGAGGCCAAGCCCCACUGCUACUGCCUGGUGCCCUGGUGCAUGGCUUCACAGAAGGCUGGUGCUGCAUCCAGAAUCCAGGGGGUGGGCGAGUGGGGAGACUGCUCCCUGCAGCCCAGGGUCCCAUGGAGCUCAGUGCUGGUUCUGAACUUGGUCAGGACUGAGCCGGCUCCCUGUCCCUGCUCUGGCAUGGGGAAAUGGGGCAUUUGAGGCAGUAGGCAAGGCAUCCCUGCCCGUGUCUGUGUGCCCUGGGGAAAGAAGGUGUGAAGGGCCUUAAUUAUGUGUUGUUGGGGGGGAGGGUUUUUGUUCAGGAAAAUGAGCUGGACAGAUGUACAAGGGCUGUGCUUCCAGAGGGAAGACAGAGGCCAUAGGUCGCUUGACAGACAGCAUUAAAGUCUGUUUCUGGUGCCCUUAGGGAUGCGUGUCCCAUCCCAGCCGGGCACAGUGGGACCAGCCGCACACUCCACUGAUGUGACCUGUCACACUGCUUGGAGCCUAUUUAUUUCAUAUUUAUUUGAACAGAGUUAUGUCCUAACUAUUUUUUAUAGAUUUGUUUAAUUAAUAGCCUGUAAUUUUUGAGUUCAUUUUUUUAUUCAUAUUUAUGUUCAUGGUUCAUCGCACCUUCCCAGAGAGGUUUGGGGUUAGGAGAGAAGAGCUGUGGGAGUGACCCCCACACACACACACACACACUGCUGCCCACCCCAUGUCAUGUCUGGUCCUAAGAAAUUUCUCUUGGAACUGGGGACAGAAGAGAGGCAAGAAAGGGGAGGGACCCUCAUCGGGUAGGGGUGUAUCCUUUGCGGGGGGGGGGGGGGGGGAGUAGGACUUGUACCCUGUAGAAGCCUUAGGAUCUAAGGGUCUGAUUUGUGAGAGUGGGAGAAGUCUCAUUGCUGUUAAAGACAGAAGUCCAGAUUAUUUCUUGGACUGAGUAUUUCUUAUAUCACCCUUUUUGAAUGACAGGAUAGUGAGGUGCCUAUCACUGUGAGUGGGGUGUGGGGCAGAAGAGAAGAUGGCCAGCUUGCCUCCCCACCAGUCAAGUGUGGGCUCCCUCCCUCCCCCCUCCUUUGAUGUCCCCAUCAGAACUGCUGGUCAGCUUGAAGCUAAACGUUUGCACUACGUUCCACCAGGAUAGGAUCCAAGGAUCAAUGCCGAAAUUAUUGUGAUGUAGACAGACUUCUAACUGGAAUUUGUGAAGAAGCAAAUUGAGGAGUUGGACAUCAGUCAUUUCAGAAAGCCUUCUAAUAAAGUUGUUUCAAAGCUGA